GUCGGCGCACCCCGGGGCCCUCCAGCCGCUUCCAGCUCCCAGCAUGCAGUGUGGCCGGUGGUAGGGGCGCAAGGUGGACGCCAUGUCUGAUGGCGCGGCUGGUGCAGCAGGUGCAGAUGGGACCCUCGUCCCCGCCGCUGCAGCCCCUGCUCGUCCUCGUCUGCUCCGUCGUCGCCGUGCUCCUGCUGCAGCAGCCGCAGCGCGCCGAGGCGGGGUUCGCCUGCCUCAGCAGCCCCUGCGUCUACGGCAUCUGCAUGGAUGACCUGAACAGCUCGUUCACGUGCUACUGCAUCGACGGGUACACCGGCGCGCUCUGCCAGACCAACUGGGACGAGUGCUGGUCCUCGCCGUGCCUCAACGGGGGCAGCUGCGUGGACGGCGUGGCCGCCUUCAACUGCACCUGCCCGGACGGCUUCGUGGGGGAGCUGUGCGAGCUGGACGUCAACGAGUGCCUGUCCAACCCGUGCCUCAACAACGCCACAUGCCUGGACGGGCCCAACGGCUAUGCCUGCACGUGCCCGCCCGGCUACUCAGGCGAGCGGUGCGAGCUGGACGUGGCGGUGUGCAACACGUCCUCGGAGGCGCGCUGCAGCAAUGGCGGCGUGUGCCAGGAGGGCCUCGGGAUGGACUUUUCCUGCGUCUGCCUGCCCGGAUGGACGGGGCAGCUCUGCGAGGAUCCCGUCGACGAGUGCGAGUCGUCGCCGUGCCAGCAUGGCGGGGUGUGCGUGGACCUGCACGCCGGAUACGCCUGCGCCUGCCUCUUCGGGUACACGGGCCGGCACUGCGAACAGCAGCUGGAGCCCUGCGCGCGCAACCCCUGCCUCAACGGGGCGCUCUGCCUGCUGGAGGACGGCGAGGACGUGUGCUACUGCGUGCCCGACUACCACGGCGACCGCUGCCAGCAGCAGUACGACGAGUGCCGCCGCGGCCCGGGGUGCCGCAACGGGGGCACGUGUAUUGACGGCGUGGACGAGUUCUCCUGCUCCUGCCCCGCCGGGCUGAGCGGGGAGCAGUGCCAGUGCGUGGAGCAGCAGGACGGGCUGCUGAACUGCUCCGACGCGGCCCGGCCGCCCCCGACCACCUCCACGUCCAGCACGACCACCACGACAACGACCACCACAGCGUCGCCGCGGACAGCGCCUCCGAAGACGCGGAGGCCCUCGACGACGCCCAGCACCACCACCACCACGAGGAGAAUGCCAACGGCAUCGUCGCCGUCCACGAGCACGGCUCCAACUGGGGAACAGAGUACGCGCCCGUUCUGGACAGAGUCCGCAACGCGCGGCGACUUGGACAGCAACACUUCACCGUGGUACGCCCAGGGGACGAUGCCACCGGUCACGGAGUACCCGCCGCCGACCGGCAACACCACGGCGGACGCGGCGGACGCGACAACGGUGGGCACCUCGUGGACGACGAGCAUCCUGGACUGGGCCACGUCCACGACGCGCUGGGUGACCGGUGACGCCACGACGUCGAUGACUCUGGCUUUCACGGUCAGGGACGGGACGUCGCCAGCGGCGCCCUCUUCGAGCACGCCGUCGUCGUGGUCCGCGUCCAGUGAUGACUCGCUGGGGCCCGCUGCGACGUCCGCGGGGCCGUCCCCGGCUGGAGGAGGUACAACGCCGCCAUCUGGCUUUGGCUCUGGCGGCCCUAUGGGGACCACGGAGCUCUCGGGCGUCACAGACAGUCACGUCGACGACGUCAGCGCCACGGUGCAGCCCAUCGGCCCGGCGACCCGCGACCCAAAGGCGAUCCCCGUCGCCACCGAAAGCUCGGCGUCCACGACCACGGCCAUGGUGCCGCACGCCCACCACGGCGAUGGCGACCCCACCAAGGCCACCUCGACGGGCCACGACACCGACCAGCCCCCAAGCCCAGCCGCCCCGCGGACCACUGUCCCCACUGUCCCCACUGUCCCCACUGUCCCCACUGUCCCCACUGUCCCCACUGUCCCCACUGCCCCCGCGGACGUGGCGAACGUUACCAGCUUCCUGUGGACAACUCAGCCGCCGGGGACGCCGACGGACGCCGUGCCGGGAACGGCGACGCCCGCGCAACCUGCUUCAGCGACGGUGACCGCGUCGCCCGCGUCGCCCGCGUCGCCCGCGGCGGCCACUGUAACAGAGACGACGUUCUCCGAGGAGGCGACGUCUGCGUCCGCCGAGACGGUGCUCCCUCCAGAUGUGGGCACUACGGCGCCGCCAUGGACGACGGCGGCGGCCGGCGUGGAGACAUCGCCGUCGUGGACUCUCGGUGGCGAGGACUUCCCCAGCAGCGCCGCGCCGCCGGUCAACGCGACGGACUGCAGCGAAUCCCCCUGCCGCAACGGCGCCACCUGCGAGGACACGCCGGCGGGGGUGCGGUGCCUCUGCGCGUUCGGCUGGUCUGGCCUCCGCUGCACCGACGGCGUCCGCGUCAUCUCCGCGGCCUUCGCGGGCCACUCCUACCUGGUGCACCGCCUGCCCGGGACGCUGGGCGGCGUGCUGGGCUCGCGGGUGGCGGUCCGCGCGCGCACUCUCGCGCCCUCGGGCCUGCUGCUGCACGCGGCCCUGGCGCCGGAGCUCUACAUGACUCUCUACCUGGAGGACGGGCUGCUCAAGUUCCAGUUCUCGUGUGGCGUGCAGACCAUGGUCUUCAGCGAGGUGCAGCACCGCGUCAACAACGGCUUCGACCUGCACCUCGCCGCCUCGGAAAUGAAGGUCUCCUUUCGAGGCCCUCGGGGCCCGGCUGGCCAUUGGACCGCCGAACGCCGUUGGGCGCGCCGACCACUGCACUGCACACACCGCUCUACUUCCACUUUCCGACCGCCACAGGUGGACGACGCUCCGCGGCGCAUCUUCGAGGACGCCGACGGCGGCGCGGAGGUGUCCGAGUGCGCGGCGCUGGCGUGCCUGUCCGCUCCGUGCCAGGCGGGCGGCACCUGUGUGCAGGACGGCCAGGACUGGAACUGCCUCUGCCCCUCAGGGUACGUGGGCAGGACGUGCGAGAUCUCCGUCUGCCGGAACAACCCCUGCAAGUUCGGCGGCACGUGCGUGCCGUUCCCCGCCAGCGGCUUCCUCUGCCUCUGCCCCAUGGGCAAGCACGGCCUGUUCUGCGAGUCGGACCUGGAGGUGGCCCAGCUGUCGUUCUCGCCCUCGGUGGCGGGGCUGUCCUCGUUCGCGGCCUACGCGCUGCCCGUGUCCGUGGAGGACGCCAUGGAGCUGCGCUUCCGCUUCCUGCCGUCCACGCAGGACCAGGUGGGGCUGAUGCUGUUCCUGGGGCAGGACGGGCCGCACGACGCCACGUCGGACCACCUCGCCGUCAGCUUCAUCAAGGGCUACGUCGUGCUCACCUGGAACCUGGGCUCUGGCCCGCGCCGCAUCUUCACGCCGCGGCCGCUGGAGCCGCGAGGACGCCGGCCGCACUCGGUGCGCGUCGGCAGGGCGGGCCACUCGGCCUGGCUGGUGGCGGACGGCAUGGGCAACGUGACGGGGACCUCGCCCGGGCCGCUCAGCCAGCUCAACACCGCCCCCUGGCUCUACCUGGGGGGACACGACGUCGCCAACUUCUCCGGCCUCCCCCACGACCUGCCGCUGCACAGCGGCUUCGCCGGCUGCCUCCUGGACGUGGAGGUGCUCGCCGGCACGGGGUCCUCGCGCGUGACGGUGGCGCUGGAGCGCACGCGUGCGGCGGCGGGCCGCGCCGUCGGCCAGUGCGGCACGACGCUGUGCCACGCGCGCGCCUGUCAGCACCGCGCCGCGUGCCUGCACCAUGCGGCCAGCUUCUCGUGCCUGUGCUCGGACGGCUGGUUCGGCCCCGUGUGCGCGCAGCGCUUCAACCCGUGCGACUCGACGCGGCACAACUGCAGCGCUGGCGCCACCUGCGUGCCCCUCAAGGACGGCUACGAGUGCGACUGCCCGUUCGGGCGCACGGGGCGCUUCUGCGAGGAGGAGGAGGCCAUCACGGACGUGCUGCUGACGGGGCGGCGCUCCUUCCUGUCUCUGGGCGGCGUGGACCUGCAGCGCGCGCAGUCGUGCGUUGGCGUGGACGUGCGGCCCCUGGCGGACGACGGCGUGCUGCUGCACGCGGGCCACGCCGCCCUCCGCGCGCCCAGCCUGGCACUCGUGCUGCGCGGCGGGCUGCUGGAGGCGCGCCUGUCGUCCGGGACGCCGUCGCGGCGCUGGGGCAUGGUGACGGUGCGGUCGCGGCGCGCGCUGGCGCGGGAGGACUGGCACCGCGUGCGCGUGUGUCGCUACGGACGCCGCCUGUUCCUCUGGGUGGACGGCGCCGCGCACAGCGCCGCGCUCAGGCCGUCGCAGCGCCUGCCUGCCGUCGGGGCGCCUCUGUACAUCGGCGGCGCACCGGACCUGUCCGCGCUGCCGUCGCUGGGCGGCGUCGGCGUCGCGGUGCCGCUCCGCGCCUGCGUCCGGGGCGUGAGCGUCAACUGGCGGCACACGCCCCUGGACGCGGCGCACGUCCUCGAGGCCCGCAACGUGGAGGACUGCGACGGCACGGCGUGCGGCGGCGACGUGUGCCAGCACGGCGGCUCCUGCUGGCUGUCGGACCGGGCCGAGGCAUACUGCACGUGCACGAGUGGCUACAGCGGCCGCCACUGCGAGCACCAGCUGGCCUGCGACGCGGCCAGGGCCGACAAGGGCCUCGCCAUGCCCUGCCGCAACCGCGGCCGCUGCGUGGCGGAGCGCUGCCACUGCCCCGCCGGCUGGGGCGGGGCCUUCUGCGAGGAAGAGGUGGCGCUGGGCACGCCGCACUUCGCCGGCGAGGGCUACCUCCUGGUGGACGCGGACGCGACUCGAAGCGGCAGCGGCAACGCACACGGUGACGUAGAUGACUUUGGCGGCGCUGCGGGCGGCCGCAUGCGAGCGCGCCGCGACCUGAGCUUCCUCUACCUCAACUUCUCCACGACGCACGACAACGGCAUGAUGCUGUGGUCCGCGGAGGACGAGGACCUCGUCGGCGUGGGGGUGGAGGCGGGCCGGCUCAAGGUGGUGUGGGGCUGGCGCGGCGCGGGCGUGUUCGUGGCCCUGCUGCCGGGGCCGGCCGUGUCGGACGGCGCUUGGCACGACCUGGCCCUGUCGUUCGGCGUCAACGUCACCCUCUGGACGGACGGCAGCCAGGAGCCCCUGCAGCGCGUGGCGGCGGACCCGCGCCCCAUCUCGUCCGGCGGCGUCUUCUACGUCGCGGGGUUCCCGGGGAACAAGUCCGUCGUCAUGGAGACCAAGGGCCUGUUCAACGUGCCCUUCAGCGGCUGCAUCCAACAGGUGUCCUGGAACCAGGACUCCAGCGUGACGGACUUCGCGGGCUAUGAAGGGGAGAACGUCGGUACUUGCGAGCUGUUCCAGCCCUAGCUCAUGGCCUAGCUUGUGAUGGAUGAUUAGGUACAGCCACCCUCUGUUUUCCUUUUAAGGGCUUCCACAGACUUGCUUUCUUGAAGACUCUUUGAAUGGAGGGAAUUUUUAUGUUUCGUAUCGGAACUUACUUUGCUUUGUUAUUUUUAACUGCAGAGUCAGUCAGAGUUUAUAGCCCAGUUCAAUUGGUAAUUCUUUGUGAGUGAUUGUUUAAGUUUUCCUGCAGUUGAUAUUAAAGAUCUUACUAAGUUGA